AACAGUUCCAUGUAAUAUAUAAGAACCUAAAAGCAGUAACCAAAUCAUUAAGUAAAAUGGAAAUUCUUGAAUUAAAAGAUAUUAAAGCCAUAGCUGAUAUAAUUCAUCCUUAUCCGGACAGAGUAAAGUCUGAAGUAAUACCACUUGUUAUUGACAAUGGAUCAUACAACUGUAGGGUAGGCUGGGCUACUGAGAAAGAACCUCAGUUGAUAUUUAAAAAUCUGAUUGCAAAGCCAAGAAAAGAACGUGGCAAAAAGGAUGGAGAGCCACAGGUUGGAAAUGAUAUAGCAAACAUUGAAGCUGUUCGUUUUCAAUUGAAGACACAGUUUGAUAGGAAUGUUGUUACACAUUUUGAAGCACAGGAACAAAUAUUCGAUUAUACUUUUGCUCACAUGGGAAUAGACACAGAAGGCGCUGUUAAUCAUCCAGUUAUUUUAACAGAAACAUUCCUAAAUCCUAAUUAUUCUAGAAAUUUAAUGGCAGAACUUUUGUUCGAAUGUUAUAAUGUACCAGCAAUAGCAUAUGGAGUUGAUUGUUUAUUUUCUUAUCAGCAUAAUAAUUGUCCACCGGAUGGUUUAAUUAUUAGUAUUGAUUAUCAUACCACACAUAUAAUACCAGUAUUGGAUGGUAAAGCAGAUCCUAUAAACUCUAGAAGAAUCAAUGUUGGUGGAUAUCAUAUUACAUCUUACAUGCACAGGUUACUCCAACUUAAGUAUCCAGUACAUGUAAAUGCUAUAACACCAAGCCGAGCAGAGGAAUUAAUACACGAACAUUCUACGAUAGCUUUAAAUUAUCAAGAUGAAAUUUCUAAGUGGGCUGAUCCAGAUUAUUAUGAUACAAAUGUUUUAAGGGUACAGUUACCUUACGUGGCUCCUGCAAAUGCUCCUGGUUUAACAGUUGAGCAGCAAAAGGAAAGAAAACGUGAAUUGGCUAGGAGAUUAAUGGAAAUCAAUGCACGCAAAAGAGAAGAAAGGUUAGCAGAGGAUGAGGAACAGUUAAAUCAAUUACUAGCUGUUCAAGAUUUAUUAGAGGAGGGUGAAACUGAUGAAUUUGAUCAGGCUUUAAAGACUUAUUCCCUUGCAAAUGAAGCAGACUUAAUCAAAAUGAUUAACAAUCUACAAGCAAAAGUGGAAAGAACAAGGCAAAAAAUAGUAGCAGCUAAUUCUCAGGAAGAAAAUAUUGUAAUGGAAGAGCAAAAACCCAAAAUAAAAUCUAGUCUACAGCCUAAAGAUCAACAAGAUUUUGAUGAAUGGAUAGCUGGUGUGCGAAAAAAACGACAGGAAAUAUUGGAAAAACGAAUGGCUAAAAGACAACGUAGGCAAGACAUGGCAAAACGCAGAACCGCUGCUGCACAGGAAAGAAUGCGUAUAAUAAGUCAGUUAGCAAGAAAAGAAAAACGCGAUGAUGAUUUUGGUAUGAGGGACGAGGAUUGGGACGUAUAUAAAGUUAUAAACAGGGAAGGUGGAGAUUCAGAUUCCGAAUUGGAACAAGAAAAGCUUCUGGAACUGGAAGAUGUAUUGCGGCAUCAUGAUCCAGAAUUUGAUGGUGCUGGUUCCAAUGUUCCCUUGGUUCCUGGAGAAACUCACCAGUUACAUGUAGGAGUAGAACGUUUAAGGGCUCCAGAAAUAUUAUUUCAACCGUCUAUGAUAGGUUCCGUGGAGGCCGGCAUUGUUGAAACAAUUGAAUUCGUUUUAAAACUGUACUUACCUGAACAACAAUUACGACUCGUGGGAAACAUAUUUCUCACCGGUGGACCUACUAGGUUUCCAGGUUUAUUAGAAAGAUUGAACCGCGAACUUCGUGAAAUAAGACCAUUCGGUUCUAACUUUCAAAUAAUCAUCGCGAAAAAUAGUAACUUAGAUGCGUGGUACGGCGCAAGGGACUUUGGCCUGAAUGGGAAUCUCCCUGAGUUCUUAGUCACCAAAAAGGAAUAUGAAGAGAAAGGUGGCGAAUAUUUUAAGGAACAUUCAACUAGUAAUACUUAUACUCGAUCUCCAGAUCCUUUGCCUAUAAUACAAGUUCCCGUGAGUUCAGAACAAGUCAUUGUGGAAGAUGUAGUAGUCGAUGUUGAAAUGGAAUAA